AUGGAUCGUUUAAUCAUCUUGUUGGCUAUUCUGUUGAUGGUAGGAAACAACUAUGCCUUUGAUAUUCCUCAAGCUCUUGAGGUUCCAAUAGAAGAAGAGUUUCAAUUGACAUAAACUUAAUUCAAUUUGCUUUACAGCGUGUUCGCAAUUCCCAACAUAGGUUUGAGCAUUGGAGGAGGCAUAAUGAUAGACAAAAUGGGUGGACGUUGGGGUGUGUUCACAUUUAGUCUUUUGUUGGGUCUAUCAUAAAUAUUUAUAUUUUUUGGCGGAUGCUAUCAUAAUUAUAGUAUGAUGCUAUGUGGUAGAGCAAUAUUUGGUAUAGCAAGUGAUAUUUUACACAUUGCAGUGUUUAAAAUGGUAGCAUAAAGAAUGCCAAAAGAUAUGGGUACUGCAAUGGGAUUGAUACUUACAGUCCCUGAAUUAGCAGCAGCUCUUAAUUCGUUUUUAUCCCCUUAUUUAUUUGAAAAGACUAAUUCACUGAAAAUACCUUUGUUAUUUGGAUUAUUCUUAUGUUUUUUAUCCUUUUUAUCAGGGUUAAUGAUGAUUUACGUAGAUAUGAAAUACGAGAAGGUUGAGAGUGUGAAAUAAACUGAAUAGAUAUCAGUUUUUAAUUUUAAGCUUACUAAACCCUUUGUAAUAAUGAGCAUAAUAACAACAUUAAUGUUAGCUUCGUAUGUGCCAUUUCUUGAUAAUGCUAAUAAGUUUUACCAUGAACGAUUUGGAUUUAGUAUAAUGGAUGCUGGUCAAAUAGUUACAGUUGGUUAUGUUGUGGCAGCAUUUACAUCUCCUGUAGUAGGUAGAAUUUCUGACAAGUUUACCAAUUAUAGACCUUUUUUUAUAGUGGUGUCAACAAUUAUGUUUUUUAUAUCCCAUUUGCAAUUUUAUUACAUGCCUCUUACAAUAUCUCCUAACUAUUAUUCAGUUUUUGGGUUAAUUACUCUAGGCUUAUCCUAUUCAUGUUUCUCAAGUGUUUUGAUGCCUGCUUUGCAAUCUACAGUUCCUGAAGAUAUGUUAGCAACUGCUUUGGGUUUGUUGGGAAUAAUAGAGAAUUUCUGUAUGGCUGUUGUUCCGAUGAUAUCUGGUUUUGUAUAUACAAUUGGCGGUGGCAUUGAUCCUAUGAAGAAUGUGGAUAUUAUAUAUUUGUUCUUGGCAGGUAUUGGAGUUGUUCUUUCAUUUCAUUUAUUAAUUGAAAACAUCCUUUUACCAGCCAAGACACAUGCGAAGUUGCCCAAUGCUCUGGAUAUUUGA